GUGGUUUACAGGCUCUCCAAGCAAAGCAGCGAAAGUAUCAAAAGAAAGCAGCCAAAGAAGAGAGAGAAGCGGGCCAGAAGGCUGGAGACUGGAAUUAUCGGAGACAGAGUGGUAAAUUAGGAUGGGGACGGCCAGCCAAGCACCGACGAGCAGCUGAACCUCCCAGCAAAUUCAUGUCAGCGUUUUCUGGUGAGCAUCAUUAAUUUCCCCCCCAUCUCCCCAAGACCUCAACACGGUUUCCUUUCGCGUAUUGUUGAAAGUUACACUUCUCUAAUUACACUCUUUCCGUCCUUUUCUUUUUCAUCUUUUGGUGGGUUAUCUUCCUUAACCCUUCUUCUCAAUUUCCUUGCUUCUGCUCCAGGAGAAACAAUUUCGCGUUUCAGAUCAGCUAAGAGCUGAGAUGAUGGAAUUGGGUUUGCCUCUCAUUCCCGUGGUUGACAAUGCCACAUCCCAUCUGCUGGCUUCUGCCUUUGUGGGUAUUAUUAUGUGCAGAGCUGUUUAUAUUCUGACAGGUUAUGUUAGUGUUUUGUGUUUUAAAGGCUACGACAAACUCAGCUAUAAACAGAAAAUGGAAUGGAACAACAGGGGAUUCUCAACGUUCCAUGCCCUAUUUGCUGCAUCUUUGUCUCUCUACCUGUUAUUAUAUUCCGAUCUCUUUAAGGAAGAUCCUCAAGAUGGUCUGAUAAUCAACAACUACUCUUUUCUAUCAAAUUCUGUAUUAGGGAUCUCCAUUGGCUAUUUUCUGACAGACCUUGCAAUGAUCCUUUGGUUUUACCCAGUUCUGGGUGGACUGGAGUAUCUAUUGCAUCACGGGUUGUCACUCUUCUCACAAUUUCUAGCCGUCAUUAGUGGGUGUGGACAGAUUUAUAUACUCAUGGUCCUUUUCACUGAGAGCACAACUCCCUUUGUAAAUUUAAGAUGGUACUUGGAUGUUGCUGGUGAGAAAAACUCUAAACUGUACAUGUACAAUGGAGUCAUGUUGUUCUUUGGGUGGUUGGUAUGUUUCCUCAACUUAGUGUGGUGCUACUACAUGCUUCAAAUAUAUAUGCUGUCUACAGGAAGUUUGGGUCUUUCAAGUCGCAAGGAUUCUGCUGUUCAUCUACUUCUUUGUCCACAUGUCAAAACGAUAUUUCCCUUGGGAUUAUGUACCUUGCUCACGGUGCCUCCAAUGUUGACGAUGAUGAACGUGUUCUGGUUUUGGAAGAUUGCAAAGGGCAUGGUCAAAACUUUAUCCAAGAGUAGACAGAGUCAGGUCCACAACCACAUUCAGUGAUCUACUAACCUGGAUUGCUGCUGGAUUCCCCCUGCGCCCGAUUUUGUUGGCUGGAAGUACAGAUUUUGAUGUUUUUAAGAAACACUAUUAUUUCAGAAGGGGAUUAGCUUCCAGGUCCGCUAUUGUAGUAGAAUCACUCGAUUAUUUACCCUAUCGUUAUAAUUAUUUUUUCUGAAGUGUAUGUAGGGUUGACUGUGUUUUAACUGGUUGGUUUGUAUGCCUUCUUUGGAAUGGUUCUUCAAGUUGGUCCUAUUUGCAUUUGCGGUUGGCCUUGAGACGUUUUGGCAUUACCUAAUGACCUAAUUCGACGCGUUUUAUCCCACAAAGUUUUGGAAUUUUUAUUUUGAA